GAGUGCAUGCGUAUAUUUGCAUACUUUUUCUACAUUUGGAUAGAUCUUUCCAUAGGCAUCAACAUUAAUUUUCUCACUCCUAAUGCAUGUCAGCAAACCUGAGUUAUAGAAGUGUUGUAUCCCACCCACAUAUAACAAUAAAACUUUCACACACGCUGAUCCCUGUACCUUGCAAGUAUACCCUAUUUCUGCCCUCAUUUUUGAUCUAUCUCUCCCUCUCCUUCCCUUGCUCUUACCUCUGUCCAGGUAACCAUGUAUCUCCUUUACAGCAGCACACCUCUUGUUAACUCCCACUCUCUCUCUAGGUAACUAUCUUGGCCCUCAUUUUGUUAAUUCUUGCUCUCUUUCCCUUCCUCUCUCUUGUUGGGUAACGUACAGUUGCUCUACAACCUCCUCUACAGCAAGGCAUCUAUUUCUGCCUCUCUGUCACACUCUAAUCUUUCAUCGUCUGGAUAAGAUAAUCUCCUCCAAUGCCCCCUUCUCUCUCAAUGCCUCUUUGUCUUGCAAAGUUACUCAGUGACCCCUGCUAGUGCAGGUACCACUUAAAAAGCACCUUCUCCACACUGUAAACUAGUUGGCAUUUGGAAGGGCAUCCUGCUGUAAAAACCAUGCCAAAACUGACCUCACCUGUGUGAGUGCAACAUAAAAAGCAUUCAGCUCACUCUACGAAGUGGUUGGUGUUGGGAAGGGCAUCCAGCCGUAAAAACUGGCCAAAACUGACACAGAAACAUGGUGCAGGCUUCCGCCUGGUCAGCUCCUGUCAAACCGUCCAACCCAUGCCAGCAAGGAAGGUGGACGUUAAACGAUGAUGAUGAUGAUGAUUGUGGCAACUGCCUUUGUUUGAAGACUUAUUUCUUUUAAUUUUGCUACCGAGCAAAAGUAAACCACAAACAUCAAAUGGUCCAUAUCCUAUAAAUCAUGUCACAUUUUCCUUAAUCCUUGGCAUUUUGUUAAAUUAAUAAGAAAUCAAGAUAUAUUCUUUUAUCCAGACAAGCAUUAGAGAGCAAUAGUUACCUUCCCGGGAAAGCUGAACUCUUAGCUUAAUACGAAGUUGGAACUACUGCUUUCAAUGCACUUGCGUUAAUAAUCGUUUUUACAAUUAUCUAUUUCCCUACUCCGAAAACAAACUUGCGUACAUCAUCAAGAAAAUACACUUUAUUUCAUUUUAUAAAAAUGUUUUCACUUAUGAGCAUCCGUAGAUAUAUGUAACCAGCUCGUUGAUCUCCCUUGAUUGUUAGAAGAGUCAAACAUCUCCAGUUAGAGAUUAGUUUGUUCUGUUUACACGGAAUUUGAAACGAUGGCCGAAAUUACUCCCGGAGGCAAAACCAAAAUGCCCAAAGUGGCAAAGGUUAAAAACAAAAUGCCAGCCCCUGUGCAGAUUACUGCAGAACAGCUGUUGCGUGAAGCAAAGGAGCGAGAGUUGGAAUUGGUACCACCACCUCCCAAGCAGAAAAUUUCAGAUCCAGAGGAAUUGGCAGAUUAUAGGCUCAAGAAAAGGAAGGCAUAUGAAGACAAUAUCCGCAAAAAUCGAACUGUGAUGAGCAACUGGAUUAAGUAUGCCCAAUGGGAAGAAUCACAAAAAGAAAUUCAAAGAGCACGGUCUGUGUGGGAAAGAGCUUUAGAUGUCAACCACAGAAACAUCACAGUUUGGUUAAAAUAUGCUGAAAUGGAAAUGAAAAAUCGCCAAAUCAAUCAUGCCAGAAACAUCUGGGACCGUGCCAUCACUAUCUUACCUCGAGCGAACCAAUUCUGGUACAAAUACACAUACAUGGAGGAAAUGCUGGAUAAUAUACCAGGUAGUCGACAGGUAUUUGAGCGUUGGAUGGAGUGGCAUCCCGAAGAGCAAGCCUGGCACUCUUACAUCAACUUUGAACUGCGCUAUAAAGAAAUUAACCGUGCACGUGCAAUUUAUGAACGAUUUGUAUAUGUCCAUCCUGAAGUAAAGAACUGGAUCAAAUAUGCACGCUUUGAGGAGAAGAACAACUAUAUUAACAGUGCACGGAAGGUGUAUGAACGAGCAGUAGAGUUCUUUGGAGAGGAUAAUAUGGACGAAACUUUGCUAAUAGCUUUUGCCAAAUUUGAAGAAGGUCAAAAAGAGCAUGAGCGAGCUCGAGCAAUUUAUAAGUUUGCCUUAGAUGGUUUACCAAAAGAGAAAUGUACAGAAAUAUAUAAGAAUUAUACAAAGCACGAGAAACGCUAUGGAGAUCGUACAGCCAUUGAAGAUGUCAUUGUCAGCAAAAGGCGAUUCCAGUAUGAAGAGGAAGUGAAAGCAAAUCCAAUGAACUAUGAUGCCUGGUUUGACUACCUGCGUCUUCUAGAAGCUGAUGGAGAAGUGGAACAAAUUCGGGAAGUUUAUGAGAGAGCCAUAGCCAAUGUUCCCCCCUCACAGGAUAAACGACACUGGCGCCGCUACAUAUAUUUGUGGAUCAUGUAUGGUUUCUUUGAAGAGUUAGAUUGUAUGGAUGCUGACAGGGUCCGUGCAGUGUAUAAUGCUGCCUUAGAAGUAAUUCCUCACAAAAAAUUCACCUUUGCAAAAAUUUGGCUGUUAUUUGCACAGUUUGAAAUUCGACAAAAAAAUCUUCAAGCUGCUCGUAAAAUCUUGGGUGUUUCAUUAGGGAAGUGUCCCAAAAAUAAGCUAUUCCGUGGUUAUAUUGAUCAAGAGAUUCAGUUGAGAGACUUUGACCGAUGUCGUAUACUCUAUGAAAAAUUCUUGGAAUUUGGUCCAGAGAACUGUAUGACCUGGAUGAAGUAUGCAGAAUUAGAAGCCAUUUUGGGUGACAGUGAGCGGACAAGAGCAAUAUAUGAAUUAGCCAUCAACCAACCGAAGCUAGACAUGCCUGAAGUCCUUUGGAAAUCUUAUAUUGAUUAUGAAUUUGACCAAGAAGAAUAUGGUCGUACACGGAACCUCUACCGGCGUCUAUUACAAAGGACUCAACAUGUAAAGGUGUGGAUAAGUUUUGCUCACUUUGAAAUGUCACUUCCUGGCAGUCAAUCCAUAAAAAAUGCUCGUGGUGUUUAUAUGGAUGCAAACAAAUCAUUGAGGACAGCUGAAGAAAAGGAAGAACGUGUAAUGCUGUUGGAAUCUUGGCUUGACUUUGAGAAGGAGGCUGGUGAUGCCAAUUCAUUGAAAGUUGUCGAAAAACAAAUGCCUCAGAAAAUCAAGAAACGCCGGAAGAUUGAAUCUGAAGAUGGAUCUCAUGCUGGUUGGGAAGAAUAUUAUGAUUACAUCUUCCCCGAAGAAGAAGCUUCACAGCCAAACCUCAAGCUGCUGGCAAUGGCAAAGAAAUGGAAACAGAAACAAGUGGUAGAAGAUGAGGAUGAAACAGAUGAAGAAAGGGAAGAAGAUGAAGAUGAAGAUGAAGAGGAGGAAAGUAGCGAAGAGGAAAACCAAGAAAGUGAUGAAUCUUCAUGAUAAAAGGAGAGAGAGAGAGAGAGGAGAGAGAGAAUUCAAAGGGGGACAAAUAAACUCUCAGAUACUGUUUGAAAUUAGGGAGUGUUUGUCAAAAGAAGGCCAGUGUUCUUCACCCUUGCAAACCCUCCCAAACUGUGAGAUUGAUGCAGUUGAUGUUCGAUUUUUAUUAAUGAGUUGACUCUAUUGAGAUGCCUCUCUAAGCUUAUGGAAAUAAUCUCUUUUAAGUUAGUCUUCCUUAAUCUACUGAGUUGUCUCUCUAAGCCCACUUAGAUUAUGAAAGUGGUCUCCAUUAAGUUAGCUUAGUAGUUAGGUUGUCUAAAUAUUUAAAUCCAUUUAGUUAGUCUCUUGGGGCUGUUUUUAGAGUUAGUGUGUUAAACAUGUGGUAGCUGUUUAUGCUAAGUUAGCCUUCUUCAGUACAUUGAGCUGUUCUCCCAUUUAGUGAGAUUGUUGAAAAUAUGUUUGUAGAUUCAAUCUACCAUCUAGAAUUAUCAUAUUUAUAUAUGAAUCAGAAAUAGGAAGUCCUUGGUACAGUAUUAUACAUCUAAAAAAUGAUUAAGAAUGGCUUUUCUGAUAAUUUUUUUCCCCAAUUAUUAAAAUGGAAAAAUUAUCAGAAAAUCUAUUCCUUUUCAUUUUUUAAACAAUGAUGAUGAUGAUGUGUGUGUGUGUGUCUUUACACAUGUAUGCAUGCACAUGCACACACACAUGCAUAAUCAUUUUAUGUCACAUUCGUUUUUUCCAUAGGUAGGAUGAUUCUACAUGAUUCAGUGGAUUAGAGAGCCUGAACUUGCUUCAGUGUUUCAUUUUUGGCAUGAUUUCUAUGGCUUGUUCUUCCUAAUACCAGUCACUUUACAGAGUAUAUUGAGUGUGUAUUUUUAUUGUACCAGUGCUAUAGAGGUUGCUUUGCUACCAGCAAGACUAAAGAGCCCUCAUAAAGCCCUGCAUUGUUACUGCUCAAAUUGAAUACCAAUCACUUACUGUUUGUACUGGGUGCUAUUUGGCACCAGCACAAUUGUGUUGGUUCAUCUUGCCAUCAUGAAGGCUGGAAAAGAUAUAUUGUGAGAGCGUGAUAAUGGAGACAAUAGCACUGCAAACUAUUGAGGUGGAAGGAAAAGAGACUUAGAGAAGGAAGAGAGUAAUGCCAGUGAUUAGUGUGGAGGAGAGUAGGGGACAGAAUGGUAUUUAAAAUGGGGUGGGUUAAGUAGGUAGACUCAGUGAAUGGGUGUUUCAGUCCCUCUGUCAUACAGCAUGGGUUGGACGGUUUGUCAGGGUCUAAGACAUGAAUACAUGUGGACAUACAUACAUACAUAAGUACAUAUUCAUUCAUUCAUUCUAUGUAUUAACAGUUUAAUUAAAGUUUCAUAGACAUAAAAAUCACAUUGAUCAUUCAGACAUUUAACACUGAAUGAUGUCACUGUCCAACACAUGCCAGCAUGGAAAACGGACGCUAAAGGAUGAUGAUGAUGACAAUGAUGAUGAUGAUGAUGAUGAAAUUCUAUGUAUGGCUGAUUAUCAUUGAAUGAUGAGCAGCCAUUUGAUAAUUCUAGUUUGGAUCACAUGUCAGAACUAUUAAAUUGGGAACUGGUAACAACUGCAAAAAUAAAUAAGAUUAUUUUCAAAAACAUUUCUAAGUUGCAUCUUGUUGAGAUGCUUGGAUUUUCUAGUCUGCCAGUUUCCUCUUGCUUUGUCUUGAACUGAAGUUAAGCUUCACAGGGUAAAACUGACUUUUCUCUGAUGAGACAUGAAGGUGAUACUGCCUCAGCUAAACAUUCUAUUCAAUGUAAUAAUGAUUUUUUACAUAUAUCCUUGUAUCUGCUGGAGUGAUGUUUUCUGUGUUAUUCAGAUGGUAUCUGUGGUUUAUUUGUGUCCCUGGGGUGUUUCUACAUCAUUUUUGUAUAUAAUAAAACAUUGUUCAUCAAUAAAUCAUUAAUAAAAAAUCAACAAAAGAAAAAAAUAAAUUAUAUUUUCUAUAUUUUGAUACA